ACUACCUGAGUAUAUCGUUAUCGUUCCCAAUACACCCCUCGACUAGGGUUUUAGUUUCUUCAUCUUUCUUUUACUCUCUCGCAAAGAAGGGACCGGAGCGUCGAAGAUGGUGGGAUUUGAAAUUGGUGCGGUGCCAUUCAACCCUGAUGGUUGGGGUCCUCCCGACGCGACCACCGGCUCCGUCGCACUUCCCAACCAACCGUCGAACGUGCCUUUUGCUCCUUUUUCCCGCUCUGACAGGCUGGGCCGAAUCGCCGAUUGGUCUAGGACACUGUCAAACCGCCCUGGACACAACGCCAAGCUUAACCCGGCGGACUCUGCCUUCGACUUCUCCGGUGACGAUUCGUUCGCCACUCUAGCCGGCGACGAGGAUUCAUCCUUCCGCUUGGUGGACACCACCGCCAAGUCCCACCACCACGGCCAGAACCGCCCCAGAUUCAACCCAAGGUGGCGUUUUAACCCCCACCACCAGCGCUCUCAGCUCCCUCAGCGCCGAGACGAGGAGGUGGAGGCACGCAAGCGCGAGGCAGAGAAGGAACGUGCUCGCCGUGACCGCCUUUACAACCUCAAUCGCUCCGGCACCAAUGCUGGCCAACGCCGCGAGUCUGCAGUCUUUAAGUCCUCAGUUGAUAUCCUACCGGAGUGGAAUAUGCUCGACCAGAUCCCCUUCUCCACCUUCUCCAAGCUAUCGUUCUCUGUUCCGGAACCCGAAGACUUACUCAUCUGCGGCGGUCUCGAAUUCUACGACCGAUCUUUCGACCGCAUUACUCCGAGGAGUGACCGCCGUCUUGAGAGAUUUAAGAAUCGAAAUUUCUUUAAAAUCACCACCACUGACGAUCCAGUGAUCCGCCGCUUGGCUAAUGAGGAUAAAGCUACUGUUUUUGCUACUGAUGCCAUUUUGUCGACCUUAAUGUGUGCUCCUAGGUCGGUUUACUCAUGGGACAUAGUGGUUCAGAGGGUUGGGAAUAAGCUAUUCUUCGAUAAGCGUGAUGGGUCUCAGCUGGAUUUGCUUUCUGUGCACGAGACUUCUCAGGAGCCUUUACCUGAUGUUAAGGAAGAUAUAAAUUCAGCUUAUUCCUUGAGCGUGGAGGCUGCUUAUAUAAACCAGAAUUUCUCCCAGCAAGUCCUGAUAAGGGAUGGGAAUAAGCUCACUUUUGAGGAGCCUAACCCCUUUGCAGCCGAAGGGGAGGAGGUGGCAUCAGUGGCCUACAGGUACAGGAGGUGGAAAUUGGAUGAUGAUGUGCAUUUAGUGGCACGGUGUGAGGUGCAUAGUGUGGUUGAGGUGAACAACCAGAGAUCGUUCUUGACCCUGAAUGCACUGAAUGAAUUUGAUUCGAAGUACUCAGGGAUAGACUGGAGACAGAAGUUGGAGACUCAGAGGGGGGCGGUGUUAGCUACUGAGUUGAAGAACAAUGCAAAUAAAUUGGCGAAAUGGACUGCACAAGCGCUGUUGUCUAGUGCAGAUAUGAUGAAGUUGGGGUAUGUUUCCAGGGUUCAUCCAAGGGAUCACUUUAACCAUGUGAUAUUGGUUGUGGUAGGGUAUAAGCCGAGAGAUUUUGCAGCUCAAAUCAAUUUGAAUACAUCUAACAUGUGGGGCAUUGUUAAGAGUAUUGUGGACUUGUGCAUGAAAUUGAGUGAAGGUAAAUAUGUGCUUGUUAAGGACCCAAUGAAGCCACAAGUAAGAAUCUAUGAGGUUCCUCCAGAUGCGUUUGAGAAUGACUAUAUGGAGGAGCCAUUGCCAGAGGAGGAGCAGGUUCAGCCACCUGAAGAGGAUGCGGAAGGUGGUGAAGCAAACGAGACAACUAAUGAUGCAGAGGACAAGGAGGCCAGCACUGUAGCGGCUUAAGGGUUGCGAGUCAGCUGAUCACAUAAAUUAUGAAGCAAACUAAGCUGCUGAUUACAACUUGUUGGCCAAAUUGCUAGCAGACUGCUUGUGUAGUAUAUCCACAUCUUUUACUUUGAGGGGAGAAAAAAAACUUGGUUGAGGCUUUUUGUUUUCAGAGACCCACCAGUUGUCUGUUAUUAUUUUUAAAUAUAAAAUUAAUGGUAAAAGUUUAAGGUUUUUUUUUAA